AUGGUGCUGAGAACCAGGAUUCAUGCAACAGUGGUUGAAGAAUUUAUACAAAAACAUCAACAAGCUUUGAAAGAAGGUGUGGCUUUAAAAAAAUAUGGUGGGGAUUACAGAACCUCUCCGUUGCCGUUUAAGAUGGAAUUGACCCGAACAAGUGUUAUCAAACCAGUUUGUGAUUUCCCAAAAGAAUUCCCAGAAAAAUAUUUCAGUGAUUUUUCUGAGAUUUUGGAUGAUAAACUCGACAAAAACAUCUUGUAA